AUGAGGUCUACAAUGAGGCAUGCUUGGUACUGGCCUUCAAACAGUUGCCUGUGCAUGUCAUGGUUUGGGGUUGCAUUGCACAUGACUGAAAAGGGCCUCUUGUCAUCCUCAACUAUCCUGGUGGGAAGGGUGGUGGAAUGUGUGCAGAGCGCUAGCAAAAACAGGUUCUGCAGACACAUGUUAUCAAGAUUCAGUACCAACAGGAUGGUGCAUCCUGUCACACAGCUGAGUCAACCAUCAAGUGGCUCGAGAACCAUAAAAUCCCCCUUUUCCCCCAUCCUGUGUGCUCACCCAAUGUCUCCCCCAUUGAGCCCGUCUGGCAUGAGCUCAAGAAGCGCAUCCGUGCCCGACAACCAAGGCCAAUGA